AUGUGUGACUUCUUUUCAAGAUUCCUGCUGCCACUUGCGGCUGUGAUCUCGACGACAAUUGCGGCGUCCAACUACACCCUCCUCAACACCUGGCCGGGAGGUUUCCAGGCGGAACUAUGCAUCACAAACAAGAUGAACGUCAAAUGUGGCUGGAGAGUCGCCAUUGAUUUCAAUCCUAAACUUUCUGUGUUAGAUAUUUGGAAUGUGCGAAGGGUAGAGCGUGUUGACGUAACUAAGAGGAAAGAGCGGUAUGUUGUCGAGAGUUUCAGCUACAAUCAAGUGCUCAAGCGCAAUGAAAAUCUCUGCCUUGGCUUUGUGGCCAGAUACAACAAUAACAAAAUGCCUAAUAUCAGGAAACUGAAGGGGAAGUUCUUAUACCGCUUCGACGUCGGAGACAACGUCUGCCACAACAACAUCGACGUCGCAGACAACACCAACUACGUCACAGACAACAGCAGCGAUUUCACAGACAACAGCAGCGAUUUCACAGACAACAGCAGCGACUUCGCUGAAAACACCAACGACAUCAUGGACAACACCAACGACGUCACAGGCAACAGCAGCGACUUCACAGACAACAGCAGCGACUUCACAGACAACACCAACUACAACACAGACCCAACAAGCAAUUUGAUGCAUGGUCCUCGUGCUAUUCAGCUGCAUACAGUCUGCACUGGAAGGUUCGACUACAACCAAGUGUUAGGACUGUCCAUCAUGUUUUAUGAAGCGCAGCGAUCUGGCAAACUACCGGAAACUAAUAGAAUCACCUGGCGGGGAGACUCUGCACUGGGCGACAAGGGAGGUAACACCGACCUAACAGGUGGAUGGUACGAUGCCGGCGACUUCAUCAAGUUCACGUUGCCGAUGUCUUCAGCCGUCACCUACCUACUGUGGGGUCUGCUACGUUGGCCAGACGCCUACACCGCUGCGGGUCAGCUGGACUACAUGUACGAUAGCGUCCAGUGGCCCCUGGAUUACUUCCUCAAGUGCUGGGAACCCACUCAGAUGGAGUUCUAUGCCCAGGUUGGGAAGGUGUCGCUGGACCACAAUUACUGGGGCAGACCGGAAGACAUGGACAUGGAAAGACCUGCGUACAAGGUGUCACCAUCAGGACCCGGAAGUGACGUAGCCGGCCAAACCGCAACAGCACUUACUAUGGGAUAUCUUGCAUUUAAAGAUAGAAAUGUGACGUACGCCACGACGCUUCUUGACGCUGCUAAGAGUCUGUACGACUUCGCCAAGACGUACCGUGGUAUCUACAGCGACACCAUCACAGACGCCAGAGAUGUGUACCGGUCCAGCAUGUACGAAGACGAGCUGGCACUGGCUGCUGCCUGGCUCUACAAGGCUACGGGUGAUAACAACUACCUCGUGGACGCUGAGACGUUGGUGCCGAUGUACACGGCCUGGUCCCUUGACUGGGACGGCAAGAUUGCUGCAGCACAGUUGGUCCUGUAUGAGGUCACUGGGAAACAGAUAUACAGGGACCAAGUGGAGGCCUUCGUCACCUCUUACAUGCCCGGGGGGAGCGUCCCCUACACGCCCCUGGGUCUCGCCUACAGGUUGAAGUGGGGAGCUCUCAGAUAUGCAGCCAACGUGGCCAUGUUUGCCCUCAUCGCUGCUGACGACGGCAUCAACGCUGCAGAGUACCGUGCGUGGGCCUUGUCUCAGAUACAUUAUAUCCUUGGCGACAACAAAUACGGCAUGAGCUAUGUCAUCGGAUUUGGAGACAAGUACCCACUCAAACCCCAUCACGCUGCAAGCUCGUGCCCAGACCCUCCUGCAAGUUGUACCUGGAAUGAAUUCAACAGCCCCGACCCCAACCCCCAGAUUCUCUACGGAGCCAUGGUUGGGGGCCCGGAUCAGAACGACAACUACGUGGACGACAGGACCGACUACGUCCAGAACGAAGUGGCCUGUGAUUACAACGCUGGCAUGCAGUCCGCCAUUGCGGGCAUAAUUCAUCUCCGAGAAACAAAUCAGCUGCCGGAAGACGCCAUUUCCUCCACAACCUCAUUACCGGGGCAACGAUCGACCUUGACCCCUGUGACGGUGACCGACGGUGGCCCAACAGUAUCUACCGUCUCCCCAGGCACGUGUCUCGGGGUUGUAAAUUCCUUUCAGUAUAUACCUGGACACAGGUAUCCCAGGAGCGCCUCUGCUCACAACUUGUCUCAACUCCUGGAGCUCUCCAUAUUGUUCUAUGAGGCACAGCGAUCAGGUGAUCUUCCAGACACUAACAGAAUCCCCUGGCGGGUAGAUUCGGCACUAGAUGACAAGGUUCCUGGAGGAUGGUAUGAUGCUGGUGACCACAUCAAGUUCACGUUCCCAAUGUCGGCUGCUGUGACAUACCUUCUGUUAGGCGUGAACGCGUGGAGGGACGCCUAUGUGGCCAGCGACCAGCUCAACAACAUGUACGACAGCAUCCGCUGGCCUCUCGACUACUUCCUAAACAGCUGGAACCCAGUAACGCAGGAGCUGUACGUUCAGAUUGGCAAGGUCUCCCUGGAUCACGCUGUGUGGGGUCGGGCUGAGGACAUGACCAUGGACAGACCAGCGUACAAGCUCAGCCCCUCGGGUCCUGGGAGUGACGCAGCGGCAGGGACAGCAGCAGCCAUGGCUAUAGGGGCCAUUGUUUUUCAAAAUGAGGAUCCCGCCUACGCCAGUCGACUGCUGACGGCUGCUGCAGAGCUGUACGACUUCGCAACGACAUACGUUGGGAUCUACACUGACACAGUCACUGACUCUCGUGGUCCCUACGGGUCCAACGACUACAACGACGAGCUUGCCCUGGCCGCCAUCUGGCUGUACAAGGCUACCCGUCAACAACACUACCUCACGGAUGCCACCACACAUGCCUCGACGCUGUCCACUCCAUGGGCUCUCGACUGGUCAGAUAAGACUGCAAUCGUUAAUCUUGCGAUGUACCAGGAGACGAGCGAGGAAAAGUAUGGUAACGCCGUCAAGACCUUUAUGACGUCAUUCCUCCCCGGCGGGUCAGUCUCCUACACCCCGUGCGGUCUCGCCUGGCGCCUUGAGUGGGGGCCCCUCCGAUAUACAGCCAAUGUGGCCAUGUUGGCGCUGCUGGCUGCCGAUGCGGGGUUCGAACCUCAGACAUACAGGUCAUGGGCUUUGGGUCAGAUCGGCUACAUGCUGGGUGAGAACAACGCUGGAAGGAGCUACGUAAUCGGCUACGGCAGCAACUACCCGGUCAGGCCGCACCAUCAGAACAGCGCCUGUCACCCUGCCCCAGCUGUCUGUGACUGGAGCACCUUCAAUGACCCCGCCCCUAACGCACACGUUCUUAAAGGGGCCCUGGUAGGGGGUCCGGGGAGCAACGACAACUACGUGGACGACAGAACGGACUACAUCCAGAACGAGGUGGCGUGUGACUACAACGCAGGAUUCCAGUCUGCUAUUGCAGGUCUUCUUCACCUGGAGAUAACCAACCAGUAUCCAGUUUCUGCUCUCGACAGGUGUUACCCAUAAGGAAUAGUUGGCGUGUAAUACGUGGGCGAUUAAUUAAAAUAUAGCUUUGAAUUUUGCGUUUGUUUUCCACAUGAGUAUAUAUGCUGAUAUAUCUCCCCAGUUACCCUGUGACUGAAUGAUAAAUAAAGAGAGGCAGACAUCGAAAGAAACAGAAUACAUAAGACCUUUAAGGUUAUUAGGUAUUGGCGAAUCACAGGUGAGCGGAUUUCAGUAAUCCUCCCAUCACAAGGAAAACAUAAGUUCAUG